UUGAGCACUGACGAAGCGAAGAGGGGAUUGGGUUGCCUCGGUAAAAAAGAAAGGAUCUCCUUGGCUGCGUGGAAGGAACCAGAAAAGGCGAGCUCUCGAAUCCGCGGCGCCUCGUUUCUUCGCCGACUCGAUCUGCAGGUGGUCGCUGGAGCAGCUCUAUUUGUGCUUUGUUCUGAGAUUACUAAAGAAAAGGGAGUCAAAUUAAUCUUGGCGCUAGUAGAAAGAUGUAAUAAUGAAAGUAAUAUAAGGCAUGGACGGGAAGAACCUCGGCAGUGGACAACAAGCUCCACAAGCUAAACCAGAUGCCAUGACUGAUGACCAGGUGGCCCUGAAGGACGCCGCAGUUUCUGACACCGGAAAUGCAAAUGGCCAUGAUGUUGUGGAUAUGAACAUGGAAGCUGCCAUCUCCGCCGAUGAUGUCAUGCGAGCCGGCGGAUUCGGUGCCAAAGACGACAUUGGCAGCCUCCUACCGACGGCGAUGGACUCCACUGACUUCGAGGCCUCGCUGCGGGACGCCCGCGACUUUGAAGGCGAGAAGGAGCAACCGUCGCGCCCUGGGCUGGGUUACAGGGCAACGGAAGCUGACGCGGGAAUCAAGCCGUCGGACGCACCGCAGCAGUGAUCCUGCUUCAUGGGGCAACUUCUGCUUCAUGGGGCAACUUCUGUUUCAGAAAGACAAAACACGGCAUCCAUGUUUGACGUUUCUGUAGUUUUCCAGCUUCUGUUGUGCUUCAGUUGGUAGCCCCGACAUCUUGUUGUUUUGGUGCUGGAUGGAAGUCUAUGAACACAGAGUUAUGCGAAAGUAUGGUUUUAUUUGGUCU